AUGGCGUCCACAGACUCUGCUCCGGGCAGAUUUAAUGGUCUGCACAGAAAAGUCCUCGGCGAACUGGGCCUUCUGACACUAUGGCAUUCAUCAUUGGACGUCAAGGUUCUCUGUGCACAGCGCUUCAUCCGACUCUUCGCCUAUGGAGGUUCAACUCUGAUAUUAGCUUCAUACCUGUCUGCCUUGGGUAUCUCAGAUGACCGCAUUGGCUUAUUUAUGACCUUGACUCUGGUCGGCGAUGUCGCAAUCAGCUUUUUCCUUACUCUCUUCGCAGACGCAAUGGGCCGCAGAGCAGUCCUGGCUUUGGGUUCUGCGCUCAUGGCCUGCAGUGGUAUCGUCUUUGGUCUAUUUGACAAUUACCGGAUUCUCUUAACUGCUGCAGUGCUCGGUGUCAUCAGUCCUAGUGGUAAUGAGAUUGGUCCUUUCCGAGCUGUUGAGGAAUCUACUCUGGCUCAUCUUACUGCCAAAGAGCAUCUCAGCGAUAUCUUCGUCUGGUACUCUUUGAUCGGCACCGCAGGCACCGCCCUCGGAAUGAUGGUGUGCGGGUGGAUCAUCAACCUAUUGCAAACUACCAGAGGUUGGCAAUAUCUCAAUGCAUGCCAGAUUGUCUUCUUCGCAUAUGCCGGGAUCGGUGCAGUCAAGUUUCUUCUUUCCAUCUGCCUAAGUCACGAAGUUGAAGCCGCCAAGAAGGACAAGAAUGGUGCUACUGCCUCUCAACAGCAACGAGCAGCUGAUGGUCCGGAAACCCAGCCUCUCCUAGGCGAAAGAGCCAACAACGAGGACAACCAGAAGAAAUCACUCUUCUCUUUUCUCGGCAGUAGCGAUCUCCUCUCUUUAGUCAUCACACUCUUCGUCUUGUUUGGUCUGGACUCGUUCGCCUCAGGUUUGGCCUCAUUAUCCUGGAUGACAUACUUCUUCAAGCGCAAGUUCUCUCUGCCUGAGGGAGAGCUCGGCUCGAUCUUCUUUACCACCAGCCUAAUCUCCGCCGCAUCCAUGCUGGUUGCAUCCUCCAUAGCCAAACGCAUCGGCAAUGUCAAGACCAUGGUCUUCACCCAUUUGCCGUCCGCCAUUUGUCUGGCUCUCAUCCCAGUUCCCUCCGCCCUGCCGGCAGCCUUGACCUUCUUGAUCCUCCGUGCCUGUUCACAGAGCAUGGAUGUCGCCCCACGCAGUGCCUUCUUGGCCGCUGCUCUUCCGCCCGAAAAGCGCACUGCAAUCAUGGGCGCCAUCAACGUCGUCAAGACUUGCAGUCAGAGCUUAGGCCCGCUCAUCACUGGUGUCCUGGCCGAUCAUAAUCUUUUCGGUGCUUCCUUCACGCUUGCCGGUAUCCUGAAAGCAAUCUAUGAUAUCGGAAUGCUGAUAAGCUUUGCGGGGAGAGAGCGUGCGCAAAAGAUAGCUUCGGAUCGGCCCGGAGAGAGCGCUUAG